UCGGCGGAGCUCCCGGGCCCGGGCUUGGCGAUGUUUGGGACUGUGGUCGUCGGGGUUGGGAUUGCUGGAUCGGUGCGGAUCAGAGACUUGCUGAAUCCUUUGCCUUCCAGUCCUGCAGAGCAGCUUAAACUUGUGGGCUUUGUAUCUAGGAGAUCGCUAAGCAAUGUUCACAACGUCGAUCAAAUCAGCUUACAAGAAGCUCUCGACAGCAAGGAGAUCCACGCUGCUGUCAUCAGCACCGAUAACAGAAACCAUGAGGAGAGCAUUCGGAUGUUCCUGGAGGCUGGAAAACACGUCCUUGUGGAGUACCCGAUGGCAUUAUCCGCAAAGGCAGCACAUAAGCUCGGGGAGAUGGCAGAGCAGAAAGGUAAAGUUCUCCACGUGGAGCAUAUCGAACUCCUGACAGAGGAGUACAAGCAACUGAAGAAGGAGGUGGAGGGGAAGGAGCUUGUGAAGGGAACGCUGCACUUCACAGGCGGUCCAUUGGACGAAGAGCGUUCAGGGUUUCCAGCUUUCAGCGGGAUCGCUCGCCUGACUUGGCUGGUUGACCUUUUUGGGGACCUCACUGUCAUGUCUGCUGUGAGGGAAGAGGAAAAAGAGAGGAAUUACUCCAGGAUGACUGUGCACUUUCAGACGGCAAACAAGAGGCCUCUGACUUGGAUUGAAGAGAGGGCGCCGGGAAUGAAACGUGAUAAGACCAUCAACUUCUGCUUCAAAAGCGGGUGCUUAGAACGCCUCCCUGAAGCCCCCCAUGCGGCUGUUGGCCUCUUCAUGCAAGAUCUCAUCCUCUUUGCCAAAAAACUCUUGGGCCAGGUUUCCAAAGAGAAACUGGCAGCAGAGAAGAGGCGGGUUCUGCGGUGCCUUGAUCUGGCAGAGGAAAUUCAAACACACUGUGAGCAGACACCCAAAAUCUACUCUUGA